AGCGGAUGGAGUCCUGGGGCCCAGCGCAGAGUCCUGGCCACAGGAGGGAGUCCAGGGAACAGGACAGCCACUGUGAAGAGCUCUAGGAAAUUUAAUAUGGCUGGACCUAGUGCCUUUUCUGUUUAUGCCCUCCGUUUGGGGCCUGGGGAAGACAUUGUCACCUCUUUGUUAAAAUUUGUAGAAGAUAAGAAGCUAAAAGCUCCAUUUGUCAUGACUUGUGUGGGAAGCAUCACCAAAGCAACUCUGAGACUGGCCAACGCCACUGCUUCGAAUACUAAUCAGAUUAUUCAUCUAAAUGAGAGGUUUGAAAUCGUCUCCUUGGUGGGAACCCUGAACAAAGCACCUCAUCUCCACAUCUGCCUGUCUGAUAAGGAUGGGAAGACUGUCGGAGGGCAUGUUAUAAGUGACUUGGAAGUCUUCACUACAGCUGAGAUAGUGAUCGGGGAAUGCACAGGCCUGCAGUUCACCCGGGAGAUGGAUGAUCGCACAGUAUGCAUCGUGGACCAUGUCACUCAAAUUGUAAAUGCUCCAAAGAGACAAUAACUUGCUUUGGAACUGCGGUGUCAUCAUCUAAAUUGUGCAGUUGUGUUUUGGUGUCAGCAAUAAAGAUGUUAUUUUCUCUGCAUCUACCUCCUAUUCUCUUCUGCUUAGGAGCUCACAUGGGUGUCAAGGGACCACAUUCUUCCAGGGAUGUGGGCUCAUACAUUUAAUUGAUUUCCAUGGCAGUUAGAAGCCGUAAUACAUUUCAGGAUCUGGGCCUAGGUGCCACUUUGCAAAGGAGGGAGUCCCCUGGAAACCAAAUCCUUUGCUUCUGCUGUCCUAGGCCUGGAUCCUACAGGCUCAUCUAUGUGGAAAGACUCCUGCAACCUGCACAAAACCCCACCAAUCUCAGGUAUGGGGCCUGGGCCAUUUUGAAUCCUGAGUUCAUCGUUAAACCUCCCUCUCUUACUUAGCGAUGCCUUAUUGCUACCCUCCUGCUGGAGAGUCUCCGAUGGGGUUUACCAGGCAGCAGCAAAGACGUUAGAGAUGGAAGAGACCCAUUCAAGCAUCAGAUCCAUCCCUUCUGUAAGUGCAGAACACGGGGCUCGCACAGGUGUUAAGCAACUUCAACUCCCAUUGAAUCAGGUGGACACUCAGCCCUUCCCAGGAGGAACUAAGGCCCAGACCCUCAAAGGUAUUUAGGCUCCUAAGUCCCAAUGGGAUCUUGGCCUCAGCACUUUGAAGAAGGGACCUGCAGUCCCUUCAUUCCUUCCGCAGACUUCUACAAAGCAACUUUCAUGCUGAUGCCAAUAGCCUUCCUUACCUACCCCAGGAAGUGUAACGACG